ACCACUGAACUAUAUAUGAGGGCGCAUUGCCGGUCUCAUUCAGAACAGAGCACGCCGGGUAGGCAAGAGGGAAAACCGCGGACUUUUUUCAUUUUAUUUCCCUGAUUCUGGUCUAAUGGGAAAAAAUCUUUGUAAAUGCUUUUUAAGAUCAUUCGCUUGAGCAAAGCACACACUGGCCCUGGCCUUGAGGCUUAUCUGAAAGGAUUUAACUUCACUGGGGAGCCACCUUGGCUGCGCUGAACCUCUGACUUGUGAUAAUUCCAUCUCUUUCUGUCCAAUUUCUUUUGCAAUCAGAACUUGAUUUGUAACCAUGACUUCGUUCCGCGACUUUGAAUUCACCUUACUGGAGGAGGGGUUCUGUGCACGGGACAUCGUUGAGCAGAAGAUCAGAGAGUCCACCUCAUCGGAUGACAAGGAUGCUUUCUAUGUGGCAGACCUGGGGGAUAUCCUUAAGAAGCACCUUAGAUGGGCACGUGCCUUGCCUCGUGUCAAGCCUUUCUAUGCUGUGAAAUGCAAUGAUGGCCUGGCUGUUGUAGAGACCCUGGCAAUGUUGGGAACAGGCUUUGACUGUGCAAGCAAGACUGAGAUCCAGCUUGUGCAGUCUCUGGGAGUGGAGCCCAGUAGGAUCAUUUAUGCCAACCCCUGCAAGCAGGUGUCGCAGAUCAAGUAUGCUUCUGCACAUGGAGUGCAAAUGAUGACCUUUGAUAGUGAAGUGGAACUAAUGAAGGUUGCUCGUAGUCAUGACGAUGCCAAACUAGUGCUGCGUAUAGCUACAGAUGAUUCUAAGGCAGUGUGCAGACUUAGUGUGAAGUUUGGAGCCACGCUGAAAAGCAGCAGGCUGCUUCUGGAGCGGGCAAAGGAGCUGGGCCUGGACAUCAUUGGAGUCAGUUUUCAUGUAGGCAGCGGCUGCACUGACCCAGCAACAUACACCCAAGCCAUUGCAGAUGCACGAUACGUGUUUGACAUGGGGGCAGAGUUGGGCUACAAUAUGACCCUGCUGGAUAUAGGCGGUGGCUUCCCUGGCUCUGAUGAUUCCAAGCUGAAGUUUGAGGAGAUUACUGCUGUGAUCAACCCUGCACUGGAUAAGUACUUUCCUGUAGACUGUGGUGUGAGGAUAAUUGCUGAGCCUGGCCGAUUCUAUGCAGCUUCUGCAUAUACGCUAGCUGUCAAUAUUAUUGCUAAAAAAGUCAACAUGAAGGAGCAGUCUGGCUCUGACGAUGAAGAUGAUGGGGCCAGUGACCAAACUCUAAUGUACUAUGUCAAUGAUGGUGUUUAUGGAUCUUUCAACUGCAUCCUUUUUGAUCAUGCACAUGUGACACCCAUUGUGCACAAGAAACCCAAGCCUGAUGAGCGCAUGUACCCCUGCAGUAUUUGGGGUCCUACCUGCGAUGGCCUGGACCGCAUUGUGGAGCUGUGUACCCUGCCUGACCGGCAGGUGGGUGACUGGCUGCUGUUUGAAAACAUGGGUGCUUACACUGUGGCUGCCUCGUCCACCUUUAACGGCUUCCAAAAACCAGACAUCCAUUACGUCAUGUCCAGAUCAGCUUGGCAAUGCAUGCAGCAGAUCCAUGCCCAGGGAAUGCCAGCUCUGGUGGAGGAGCAGAGCCCUGGAAAUAUGCCAGGCCACUGUGGAUGUGGAAGCACCUUGGAGCUGCCUGCUAAGCCUUGUGCCACCAGUGUGUCAACAUAGAUGCAGUACAGAGAGGUGCUGUACUACAUUAAUUUGUCAAAUGAUGGACUCUCUUGAUUGUCCUCUAAUAAUGAAAGUCUUGGAGCCCAGUGUUACUAAAUUACAGUUACAUUUUCCCAUAAAAAUUAUAAUUGGUCCAUGGUGCAUGGGCCCAGAAUAUUGCACAUGCACCAUUCGACUUUUUCUUUUUUCUUUUUCUUUUUUUUUGAUCCUUGCUUCCUUUUUUGCAUUGUUACUUAACCUUGGGAUAGGUACAUGUAUGAUUUGUGUUUCUGUUUAAUGAUGGUCUAUUGCUGUUUUACAGCCCAGUCCCUUAAACAUCCAGUGAAUUACACCAUUAAUGAAAAGCAGUCUGAAUAUAUUUAACCACUGUGAUGGACCACUGUAUUCAGGAGCUUGGCAUUUUAUUUUAUUUUUUUAUUUAAUUUUAUUUUAUUUAAUUUUAUUUAAUUUUAAAAUUUUUUUUUAAGAUCUGGGAAGUCUUUUCUGACCGUUCACAGAAACCAUACACAUUCCUUUGUUUCUUUACCUUGGAGAUUUUUGUUUUCUAUGGUAGUAAGAUGAUAAUGAUGGUGAUACUUAAGUAGCAUUAUUUAUUACCAUGAUGCAUUUGAAAAUGGAUAUGAAAGAGAUGGGAUUGCAUUCAUGCUGCUUUCCUAUGGAAACUUUUUAAAGUGUUUUUGUAUUUUAUUUGUUUUUAUAAAUAAAACCUCAGUAAAUCAUG